UGCCAUAAAGUGCUAGCUACAGUGGAAAAUUUUGAGACGAGGAAUAUUUUCAUUCACCAUAUUGCUUACUUAAUUUUGUUUGUUUCAGAACACAUUAAUACAUUCCCUUGUCAUAAAACGCUAUUUAAUAAGGAAUGGACUCAGACGAGGGUUACAAUUAUGAAUACGACGAUGAGGAAGAAUGCAGCGAGGACAGCGGUGCAGAGGAACCCGAAGACGACACCUUGGAUCUCGGAGAGGUGGAGUUGGUUGACCCGGUUGUGGCCGGCGGUGAGCGAGAUGAGUGUGGUGAGACUGGAGGCAGUGGCCUUGUGCCUGGUCAGGAUGAAGAAGACUACCGAUUCGAGGUUUUAACUACUGAACAGAUCCUCCAGCAUAUGGUCGAGUGUAUUAGGGAGGUCAAUGAGGUCAUCCAGAAUCCAGCAACCAUAACCAGAAUACUCCUCAGUCACUUCAACUGGGACAAGGAGAAGCUCAUGGAAAGGUACUUUGAUGGAAACUUGGAUAAGUUGUUCUCAGAGUGCCAUGUGAUUAACCCAAGUAAAAAGUCCAGGACGCGGCCUAUGAACACCCGUUCCACUACUCAGGACAUGCACUGUCAGAUCUGCUACCUUAACUACCCAAAUUCGUACUUCACAGGUCUGGAAUGUGGACACAAAUUCUGUAUGCAGUGCUGGGGCGACUACCUAACUACCAAAAUCAUUGAGGAGGGUAUGGGUCAGACUAUUUCAUGUCCUGCUCACAGCUGUGAUAUUUUGGUUGAUGACAACACUGUAAUGCGGCUAAUAACUGACUCAAAAGUGAAGUUGAAGUACCAGCAUUUAAUCACAAAUAGUUUUGUAGAGUGUAACAGAUUGCUGAAGUGGUGUCCAGCUCCUGACUGCCAUCAUGUAGUUAAAGUCCAGUAUCCUGAUGCCAAGCCAGUUCGCUGCAAAUGUGGACGACAGUUUUGCUUCAACUGUGGAGAGAACUGGCAUGACCCCGUAAAAUGCAAGUGGUUAAGGAAGUGGAUAAAAAAAUGUGAUGACGACAGUGAAACCUCUAACUGGAUUGCAGCAAAUACAAAGGAGUGUCCCAAAUGUCAUGUGACCAUUGAGAAGGAUGGAGGCUGUAAUCAUAUGGUGUGUCGUAACCAGAAUUGCAAGGCUGAGUUCUGUUGGGUCUGUCUGGGCCCUUGGGAGCCUCAUGGCUCUGCCUGGUACAACUGCAAUCGCUACAAUGAAGACGAUGCAAAGGCUGCCAGGGAUGCACAGGAGCGCUCCCGUGCUGCUCUGCAGCGCUACCUGUUCUACUGCAACCGCUACAUGAACCACAUGCAGAGCCUUCGUUUUGAGCACAAGCUGUACGCUCAGGUCAAGCAGAAGAUGGAAGAGAUGCAGCAGCACAACAUGUCCUGGAUCGAGGUGCAGUUUCUGAAGAAGGCUGUGGACGUGCUGUGUCAGUGCCGCUCCACGCUCAUGUUCACCUACGUCUUUGCCUUCUACCUCAAAAAAAACAACCAGUCCAUCAUCUUUGAGAACAAUCAAGCAGAUUUGGAGAAUGCCACCGAGGUGCUUUCUGGGUACCUUGAGAGGGAUAUCUCCCAAGAUUCCUUGCAGGACAUCAAACAGAAAGUGCAAGAUAAGUACAGAUACUGUGAGAGUCGGCGGCGGGUGCUGCUGCAGCAUGUGCAUGAGGGCUAUGAGAAGGACUUAUGGGAGUACAUAGAGGACUGAGGCGCAGCCUUGUGGAGGAGGAACUUUGCAAACCUCUCAGACAGGCUACAGGGCUGUGGCAGUUCAUCCCGGCUCCAAUCUCAGUCACCACCACAGAUCCUCUCCAUUCUGCAUCUUUUUUUGUG